GCGACUGUUCAUCGUUCUUCAUACCAAACGCGAUCCCCCUCCUGCUCCUUCGGAGAAUAUGUCUUUCGACUGUCGAUCCCAGCGGAGUGUUUCCUCCUUUGCCUGCACUGAAGCCUGCACGACAAGACCUCUUCCUUCAUUGAACGGACCAACCUGAUGUUACAAAUGUCGAAGGAUUCGCUAUCUUCCUCCCGUUACUCUGACCGCAAUUGAGGCUAUCUCGCUUGUAUCGCGAAUCCAGCGAUUGGAAGAAGAUAAAGACUUAAUCGCAAUUUUCACAAAAUAUCAUCGAGUCUGUGAGGAGUCGAGCGCAGGACGAGCUGGGGUGCAGUUGACAAACAUGUCCGAGCUCGGUCGGCUAUAUCUCCAAUUCCGGAGGCAUGUCCAACGAGCUGAACAACAUCCUCUCUCUCGUCACUAACGGCACCUAUGAGGGUAUCGCCGUCGGCAGUGACCGUUACCCUGGCACCACGUUCAUUGACCAUAUGCUUCGGUACGAGGCCGACCCCGACUGCAAGAUGCUCGUCCUACUUGGUGAAGUCGGUGGUAUCGAGGAGUACCGCGUCAUCCAGGCGGUCAAGAGUGGAAAGAUCACCAAGCCUAUCGUUGCUUGGGCUAUCGGCACUUGCGUGAAGAUGUUCACGACUGAGGACCAGUUCGGUCACGCCGGCUCCAUGGCCAACUCGGACCUCGAGACUGCCGCCGCUAAGAACGCAGCGAUGAAGGCUGCGGGCUUCAUCGUCUCCUCCACAUUCGAGGAGCUUCCUGCUGUCCUCACCCAGACAUGCAACAAGCUCGUGAAGAAUGGCAUCGUCAAGGUCGUUGCUGAGCGUGAGCCGCCAGAACUCGGCCUCAUCCGGAAGCCUGCCGCGUUCAUAUCCAUCAUCUCUGACGAGCGUGGUCAGGAGCUCAUGUAUGCUGGUCUGCGGAUCUCGGACGUAUUCAAGGAGAACAUUGGUAUCGGUGGUGUCGUCAGCCGGCUGUGGUUCAAGCGCCGCCUGCCGGCUUACGCUACCAAGUUCAUCGAGAUGGUGCUCAUGCUUACUGCUGACCACGGUUCGGCCGUGUCUGGGGCCAUGAACAGCAUCGUCGCUACCCGUGCGGGCAAGGACCUCAUCUCCUCCCUCUGCUCUGGUCUCCUCACCAUCGGCAGCCGCUUCGGUGGUGCGCUCGACGAGGCCGCGGCCAUCGGUAUUGGCCACAAGAUCAAGAGCGUUAACAACGCUGAUCUGCGUGUGGAGCUUAUAAAGGAGUUCGUCAUCAAGAACUUCCCCAAUCACACCCUGCUCGACUACGCGCUCGCCGUCGAGAAGGUCACCACUGCCAAGAAGGAUACUCUUAUCCUCAACGUCGAUGGUUGCAUUGCCGUCUGCUUUGUUGAUCUUCUUCACGACAGCGGUGCAUUCAGCCGUGAUGAGGCGGACGAAUACAUAAAGAUUGGCACGCUUAACGGCCUCUUCGUCUGCGGUCGCAGCAUUGGCUUCAUCGGCCAUCACCUUGAUCAAAAGCGCCUUCGCGCGCCUCUCUACCGCCACCCUGCCGACGACAUCUUCAUCAACAUGCAGGACAUGUCCCAGCCGCGUGUCCUGGCCAAGCCUGCUUAGGUACCUCAUCAUCCGUUGGACGCGUUGCGCGGCGAACGCUGUCGUUAGCUUUUUUUACGUGUUUGCAUGUUCCUUCCUUUGGUUCUCUUUUUCACGUAUCACAUUUCCUAUAAUGCGCUGCAACUAGCCUCAGGCUCCCAUGACUAUAGAAUCAACUAUGCGGUGCAAUAUACGAUGUCCGGCAUUGUUUGGUGACC